AUGUCCCUGAUUCGGCACAACACCACCGAUAUUUGGACUACCAUGUCUUCUUCAAGGCCGCCACAGCCGAAUAGGACCGUCGAGUCGUCCAGAAUAAGGCGAGCAGGCAUGGGGUUCGACACAGCGGAAGACCGACCGCCGACUGUUGGCCGCAAACCACGAGAGCAGACCGAACAAUCACGGCUUCUCGGUCAGGCACCCGCCCCCUCUUACACGCCCUCAAGCCGCGCUGCAUCGAACCCAGUAGCUAGGAGACCCUCCAUACCGACAGCAGCUGGACGUCCGUCCCUGCCCCAGAAGUUGCCAUCAUGGGGCUCCAACACAGUUACAUCCCCAAAGCGCCUAGCUCAUGCCACCACACCUUCCACUUCUUCUUCCGGCAGAUCGCACGAUGGCCCAACGAAGUCCCCUCGUAAUGUUCUACGGAGGAAGCAAUCAUCAGUCACCCAAGCAACCGUAAGCUCCGGGAGUCACUCACGGACCGAAUCAAGCAGGACCGGCUCAUCAUCGUCAAUUCCCCGUUCCACCUCCUCGAUGGAACCCUCGUCUGGACAGUCUCUAGAUCAAGACUUUACUGAGAGCCCGAUGGAGGUCCGGGUAGCCCGGUCGAUCGAGUUGCCAAAGACCCAAGCUCACGCCGUUACGAUCUACCCAGAGCUCGACAGGUACAGAGGUAUUGCCCUCCGACCCCCGGUUCUUUCGGACUGCUCCGGCCUCGAGGUCCCCUUCAAACUAUCAACACAGGAUCUGCCCCCCCCUACUCCUGCGUUUUCUGGCACUAGCAGCCAACUUAGUGCGUUCAGUGGCAGCCCUUGCACACGAUUUUCAGAGUCGCCGGGGCCCGGCCCCUACAGCCGCGAUACGACGCCAACCUCCAUGUCGUCGCAGUCUCCGAGCCUGAUGUCUCCUGCCCGUUUCCCUGCGCAGAAGCCGAGGCAAUUGAGCCCUGUCUGGACGAGACCGCCUGUGACUCGGAGGCGUGGAAGCACGACAAACGAAGUAGACGUCAUCAGUGCGGACCCUCAAGGGCUGGCUGCCGUCCGAGAGUCCUUGACAUCUUCAUCAUCCAACUCCACGGUGCGCGAAGUCGAGAAGAAAGAGAAGGAGAAGAUUAAAAAGAAGCGCCUUUCGCCCAUGCCGCCAAGUCCACCUCCCCGUAAGUCAUCUCAGAAGCAUCACGAGGAGAGGGCAGCCGUCGAAGCAUCACCGCGACGCCAGCGACAGCUGGUACGACCAGAUGGCGCAUCUCUUUUCCCCUCCAAAUCUCCAGCCCUCGCUUCCAGGUCUACGCCCACUGCACGCGAAACACCGCCUCUGCGACCCAGCAGAGAUGGCACCCCGGAUCUUCAGUCUCAGCUUUUUGGACCUCUGCCUAUCAUUCACAGCAACCUGUCAUCGGCUUCACUCGUGGCCGAGAGACAUGGGUACGAGGAUAGAGCUGGCCCAUCGGCCCCUCGUAAGACUGCUGUAUCACCCCUUCCUGGCGGGUCCGAAGCCCCCACCCGUCUUGUGGGCAGAGAGGCUACCCCCGCGCCUCGGCCGGCCACAGCAAGCCCUGUCAAGUCGGAGCGCAACACGCAAGCCCGCACUCCGAGUCCGAACACGAACGCCUUCAAUGGCAGGUUUGCCUUCUUUGGCAGACGAGCCAAAACAACACCGGACAUCACUCAGGCGGAUACGAAAGACAAGCCAACACGUAAGGGCCCCGCUGCUGGCACCGGCCAUGAAGGCUACGGCCGUCUCGGCGCUCCUCGCAGGCGGAGUGGCGGCGCACUGUAUAUGAAUCGCGUCACAGCCGGCUCUGGGACGUCCCAGGAAAGUCUCAACAGUACGACGCACGUUGACCCCUUUUUGCGGGAACGCAUGAACCCCGUGGUGAUUUCUGGCGGCGAAAUUAAGGACAACAGGAACACGAGCUCCGAUCUCAGUCGGACUGAAAGCAACCAAAGCCUGGCAAUGAGCCGCCCCAGUCUUGAAUCACGGGGCGGUUCUGAUGUGUCUACGACUUCAACUGCGGGGCGAACUGCCAUGUGGGCUUCUGGUUUGCCCAUCAACCCAAAAGCUGGCUUCAGUCAUCGCCGUCCCUCGGAUAGCAGCGACUCAGAAGCUCUCGCCAUGAAGUCUACUUUGGCUUUUAGGAGAUCCACCCAGCGGCUACGAUCCUCCCCUGAGCAGGGCCCUCUGCGGUUGCCGAAGCCUAUCAAGACUACCAGGGCUCCCUCCCCGUCCAUCACGAGCAUUGAUACUAGUGUUGUCUCCGACGAUUCUCGCUUUGACUUCAUCGACCACGCCGCCCGUGGACGCGCGGUGACUUCCGCAGUCGCGGUACCAAAGAAACUCACCAAGCGGGCAAGAUCUCCAAGAAAAUGGAACAUUUUCAGCCGUUCCCACAAGACCUCGGAGAAGAAGGAGCCCGAGCCUGUCGCGGCCACAGUCAAGGUCGUCCAACAGAAGCCAGAGGCCUUCUACUUUAUGAUGGACGGAUCUGAGCAAGAUGAAGGUGUUCCCACGGUGGAGGACGUUCUCCGCGAUGCGCAUGUGUUUGAUGGUCUUGCCAAUGUCCCAACCCCUCCAACGGUGGCAACAAGGAAACGAUACCCAACAAACCCCUUGCCGCCGCAAGCGUCAGCACUACAGAUUCGGCGUGUCGAUAAAAAGUUCACCGACAAACCUCAAGCUGUGACACCCUCUCAACAAUAUGUCCUGGCUGCAAGGUCCACGCCAGCACGCCCUAGUCGUCUCCCACAAGUGGGUAGAAUACCAAGGGUUAUCACCACCAGGCCUGAGCCUCCCUCGCUACGCAGUUUCUCUCGACCCUUCAAGCGUGUCAGCUACCACGAGCAACCUCAUGCUACCUUUGUCGACCUCAGCUCGAUUGCCAAAGGCCCAAGCCCCCCAACCACCUCGACACCAGAGCUGUCUCAUGAGGUAUCCACGACUACCAGCACUGACUCCGCACCCGGGCGUACCAGCCGAGACUCGCCACCAGAGAUGAUUCAGAUCGGUCACGAGUUCCUCAAGUUUUCGCCCAACAAGAAAUAUCAACAACGUGAUAGCACAAGUUCGAGCUGUUCCGGCACGUAUGUCAUGGCCGCCACGACAAUUGCCGUGCCCGACACAACCGGCCUCGGCGAGGAUGACAUCUGGGACGAGUACAACGACCUUCUUGGAGACGUCCCCCCCUCUGCAACUUCGUCCAAGGGCGUCCCCUUUCACCUCGAAAACUAUGCUCCCAGGGAAAUUAAGCUUCUGAAGAAGAAUAGCCAGAUUCUCGAAUCUCCUACUCUUGCGCUGCCUUCUGCCAAAAGCAUUCGGUCUGUAAAGGAUGAGGCCGACAGGUUCGCCGUCGAGUCAAGUGUUUACAGUGCCGACAUGACAGAACGAAUCAAGGCUGCCUUCGCCCCCAAGCCCGAGGAGACACCAUCCCAGCCUCUCGUAUACCCGGAUACUGCUCUCCGUCGCAGUGGCGAAGGAAGUCGUAGGCCCUCCCUGACGUCACAGCAGAGGAACAGCAACUUGUCUCAUAAAUCGACCAGCAGUAGUUGCAAGUCCUCCGAGGAUGAAUCCCCCCUGUCGCAGGUUAAUCUUCGUGUUGGGUCCAUGACGGUGAGCAAGUGGUUGUCUUUUGGACAUGUUCUUUUCAGUCCUGUCAGGGACGAACUAGUGCCAGAAGUUGGAUCACUUAAGCGCCCAUCAAUCCUUGUGAUUGAUGGCCUGGGCAACGACGACUGGUCGUUCUACGCUGCCGAGACGUACCCUGCCGCUACCUUCUUCAACAUGUCUCCACGAGCACCGUUGCCCACCGAGCACAAGGCCGCAUCGACAUUUCCACUCAGCCCCCCCAAUCAUCACCAGAUUCAGUACACCUCACAUGCGGACAAGUUUCCCUUUGGCGCCGAAAGUUUCACUUCUGUGGUCUACCGAUUCCCAGCCGCAGGGCCUGAAUCCCACUAUCGCAACAUCAUGUCUGAGGCACGCCGCGUCCUGAAACCCGGUGGCUACAUUGAGCUUUCGGUGCUGGACGUCGAUCUCAACAACAUGGGGAACCGGGCGCGCCGGACGGUUAGGAACCUCAAGGAGCGCAUCCACGAGAAGACCCCAGAGACAAGCUUAGGCUCGUCCUCGGAUGUUAUGCUCCGUCUUCUCGGCCAGCAGGGCUUUACUGACGUUAAGACGUGCCAUGUUGGCGUGCCUGUCGCGAGCGUCGUGGCUCGGGCGCAGGAUGGCAAGAAGCCUCCUGCCAGUGGGCCGAAGAAGCCCAAAGAUCAGCGCAGCCUUGCCGAGAUGAUGAACGACAAGAGCGAUGCUGCCGACGAGAACAUCACCAAAAUGGUGGCCAAGGUUGGCAGAUGGUGGUAUACUCGCUGCUACGAAAGCACAGUCGGCAGUACACCCGCUCGCAAAACCAUCUGGGCCGACCGCGCCCUCCUUUCGGAAUGUGAAGAGUGGCGCACAAGCCUCAAGCUCCUAGUAUGCUAUGCCAGCGUGCCCGGUAAGGGUCGUGUUGCUAGCAUCUAG